CAAACCGUCACUUAAGAUUUUGUUAUCAUAAUUUCAGGAAAAAACGGAGCCAUGAGUAAAAGAUUUUGGAGAAACUACGACGACAAAUACACCGGAUUCAAUCAGCAGCCACUGAGACGAGGCGUCGGUACGAACGACGACGCCGCCAGGGCGGACGGGCGGCGGUUCCACAGCAAGUGGCGCAGACACCAGGACGUGCCCAAACUGAUGUACUGCCUGUAUCUAACCUCGCUGGUCGAUCAAUCGGCGCUCAAUUUGCAAAAACUGCGACAGCAAGUCAAGGGAACGAUCCAGGGCAAGCACGAGUUCACCAAGUCGAGCUGCGGCAUCAUCGCCAACUUCAAAUUGGAGAGCGACUUCGACAACUUCCAGAAGAUAGACUUCCACAAAUUAUUUGGCGUGCCCGUGCUGAUGGAACGGCUGGACCUCUACGAAAAAAACUAUCGGUUCUACGUCUCCUUCAUCAACAUACCGACGUGCAUCUCGACGCUGGAACUGUCGCUGGCGCUCAAGCGCCAGGGGAUACAAUUCGGGAACGUGGUGCGAUUGAAGUCGCGGGUGGAGGUGGAGGUGUUCACGGCCUGCAACAUGAAACGACUCCUCGUCGAAGGACUGAACUUCUACGACACCAUUUCGUUCGCGUCUUCGGAUUGCUGGUGGCAGGAGUGUGGACGGGAGCAGAUUAUUUAUAAAAACUAACCGUCCAGUGAAGUGUAGUAAAUUUCCGUGGCGGCCACUAGUAGAUUAAACACUAACUUAUUUGGAAAUUCUUGCACAUGUAAUUUAAAUCGAAAUAAAAUAAUUAAUCCACACAACCGUGUUACCUCAGUGUGAUAAUCCAGUGCUCCAGAACACUCAUACUGAAUUAUACACAUUUUGUGCAUGUAUUAAAGAAAUUAAAGAACUACUCAU